AUGAACGAAAUUUCCUUUGACCGUAAACUAUUCAUAGAAGGGUGUCAUAGUUUUCAAUUACACGGGUUCUGCGAUGCCAGUUCCACUGGUUAUGGAGCAUGCCUUUAUGUGCGCUCAGUUAAUAAAAACAAUGAAAGCAUUUGUAAAAUAUUAUGCGCCAAAUCUCGCGUUUCGCCAAUAAAAACCGUCACUAUUCCGCGACUCGAGUUGUGCGGAGCAUUAUUAUUGGCACGCCUGUACCGCGAAUCGUGCGCCGCAUUAAACGCUGUACCGGCCAAGGUGAUUUUUUGGUGCGACUCAACCAUCGUACUACAUUGGUUGAACACAUCCCCACAUCGGCUUAAAACUUACGUCGCAAACCGUGUAGUAGAGAUACGCGAAAUUACCGAGUCACAUGCGUGGCGCCAUAUACGAUCCGAAGACAAUCCUGCGGACGCGGUUUCGAGAGGUCAGUUACCACAUGCCUUCUUAAAAAACAAAUUAUGGCAUUCGGGUCCCGCGUGGUUGACAAAAAACGAUAACGACUGGCCUAAACAAAUCCUACAGACCAUCGAAUUACCAGAAUUAAAACAAAAUAUAUGCUUAGUCGCGACCGUUAUCGAUCACAGUAUAUUAGAAAAAUAUUCGUCCUAUUCUAAACUAUGUCGAGUUAUAGCUCAUUGUCUUCGCUUUCGGCCGAAUAGCACAUACCGAGGACCGUUGCGUCCUGAGGAAAUAGAUAAGGCAGAGUUACGAGUAAUAAAAUUACUUCAAACAUCUCAUUUCUCCGACGAACUUAAGAAACUAAAGGAUAAGCAUCCGUAUCGGGGCAAAUUAAGCAAUUUAAGCCCAUUCAUUGACCAAGACGGCGUACUACGCGUCGGAGGGCGUCUCCAAUCCUCAAAUUUGACAUUUUCACAAAAACAUCCAAUGUUACUCCCUAGCCGGACUUACGUCACCGAUCAGAUCAUCCGCGAAACCCACGAACGUCAUUAUCACACCGGGAUACAAAAUACGCUAUAUAUACUUAGGCGGAAAUACUGGCUGCUCGACGGCAAAAAUCAAGUUCGAAAAAUUGUGCGUACAUGCGUGCGUUGCUUACGCUUCGAUUCUCAGACGGUCGAGUACAAGAUGGGUAAUCUACCUUCGCCUCGCGUAUGCGAGACAAUACCCUUCACAAAUACCGGUAUCGAUUUCUGCGGUCCCUUUUAUAUGAAAGAGAGAAAACAUCGAAACCGUACGAGAGUCAAGGUUUACGUAUGCGUAUUCGUAUGCAUGACUAUAAAGGCUGUGCAUAUGGAAGUCGUAAGCGAUUUAAGUUCCGAAGGCUUCAUAGCAGCAUUACGACGAUUCGUCGCGCGACGCGGCCUACCAAAAAACAUCUAUUCCGACAACGGGACUAACUUCGUAGGAGCGAACAAUAAAUUGAAGGAAUUAUACGUUUUGUUCAAUUCCAGUGAACACAUAGAGCUCAUUAACCGAUAUUCAAAUAAUCAUCAUAUCACGUGGCACUUCAUACCGUCUAGCGCUCCUCAUUUCGGCGGGCUUUGGGAGUCCACGGUUAAGCUCUUUAAACAUCACUUUAAGCGCGUGGUGGGCGAUUCUUUGUUUACAUUCGAAGAAUUAAACACAUUUACCGUCGAAAUAGAGGGCAUUUUAAACUCCAGACCCUUGACGUCCCUUUCCUCCGAUCCGAACGACUUGCAUGUACUCACGCCCGCUCACUACUUAAUCGGCAGACCAUUGACGGCCCCUCCCGAGGGCGAAUUGCUAUCUGUUCCAGCAAAUCGACUGUCGACCUGGCAACACAUAAGCAAG